AUGCACCUUGCCAACAUUGGCAGGAAGCUAGAGCACAUGGCCGACCUCAUCACGCAUAAGCACUUUGUGGGCGACUCUGGGCCCGUGGACACGGAGCGUGGUGAUGUGAUUAAGUGUGCGCACGCGCGUCUAACACGAACUGAGUUCUUGCUGGUGAGACCGCCGUUGACCGAGUUCAAGGAGUACGACGAGAUGAUCGACAGCUCGACGGAGCUGCGCACUACCACUAGAGUUCUCCCAGGACUGCUGCCAAUGCCCGAAUUCCUGCAGCUGCACGGCGACCAACGACAGCACGCCGACCAAGACCAACAGAAACCCGACGGGGACCAGCUGAAGCACGAAAGGCAACAACACGACGGGGACCAGCAUAAUCGCGACAACUCAGACGUGAACCAGCACAAGCUCGACAAGGAUACGUACCAGGGACAAGCAGCUGCCGAACGCAGACGACAACGCACAGCAGCACGGCGUUCAAGAACAGCAUAA